AUGAGUGAGUGGAUUCGUACGCCGUUGAUUCUCGCCAGCAGCCAGGCGGAGGGGUAUGAAGCUGCGAAGCUGCUGCUCAUAUUCUUCGUGCCUCUCUCUCCCUCGUCCCCCUCGCCCCCUUUGUCUUCUCUAUCCCUGCUCGGUCGCACGCCGUUGAUUCUCACCAGCAGCCGGGCGGGGGGCUAUGAAGCUGCGAAGCACAAAUGCUUUGUGCUUCCCGUCCCCCCUCAUCCCACCCAGUGCGUGGACUCCAAAGGUCGCACGCCCUUGAUUGUCGCCAGCAGCCGCGCGGAGGGCUAUGAGGCUGGUUGCACGCCCUUGAUUGUCGCCAGCAGCCGGGCAGAGGGAUUUGAGGCUGUGAAGCUGCUGUUGCAGUUGGGCGCUCUUGUUCGCGCCUACUCCAAAGGUCCCGGAGGGGGCACGGCCAUUCACUAUGCCGCUCGCAAGCAGCUCGAAGCUACAGUGAAGCUGCUGCUGGACCAUGGAGCGGACCCCCUUCUUCCGAACGACGAGGGAAGGAGCGCUCUAAACCUGGCGAGAGAGAAAAAUGCCACUGCUGUCGUCCGACUCAUAGAGAGCCGGGUGGCGUUGUUCGAGGGCUAUGUACGCCAGCAGACCCUUUCAGCGCCGUCGAUAGUCAAAGCCUUUAUCCCGCAAUGGGUGUACCGGAGAAUCUGGGUGGCAGUGCUUCCAGGGCCCACCAUGAGUGACGGGCGCCAGACAUUCCGCCUUGCUCUCUACCCGUCCAUGGCUUUUGGCACGCCCUAUUUCGACAUAUCUCUACACGUGUACCGCAUUCACAUGACCAAGCUCGACUCCGCCAACCCUGUACUCGUUAUAGAGGACCCCGUUCAUGCGGAGAAGGGCAAGUGGAAGUUUGUGAGCGACAAGGAUUCACCCGACCCCUCCCAGAUAUUCCGCCUGCACGACGCGUGCCAGGGAACGGCACGGGCUCGCACUCAGUCAGCCAAUCAGCAUCCGACACCUCAGCAUGUGGCAUCCUCUCCCCGCACCCCACAGUCACAUGCACCACCACCAGCAACCCAGCUCCCUGCAUCUCGCUCUCACACUGCCCCCUCCUCCAUUCACCAUCCCCCACCACAGAUGCACCCCACCAAGUACCCCCAACCUCCUGCCGCUCCUGCUGCUUCCCCUUAUGCUGCUCCUACUGCUGCUGCUGCGGCUUAUGAUGCGUAUGCUGUGGCCUAUUACACACAGCAGCAGGCAUGGCAGCAGUAUCAGCAGCAGCAGCAACAGCAGCAGCUGGGGGGAUCAGGAGCAGCAGGAGUAGGAGGGGGGGCGUCAGGAUCACGGAGAGGGGGUCAGCAGAGCGGAGGGGAAUCCAGGGGCGUGGUGAACGUGCACGCGUGGCAGGAUGACGUGGACGAGGACACGACGUUCCAGCUGGUGCUCUCUGAGUCGAUGCACACUGCCAGCACUGAAGGCUCUGCCCGAGCCGAUGCCCCUGGUGCAUCUAGUGCCGCCGCUGCCGCCCAGGGCAUGAGCAGAGGAGAGGAGGGAGCAGACGGCUUUAUUCUCACCCGUUCCUCCUCCGAGCCUCAGUCCAGAUCUGGUCGCUCCCUCUCCUCCUCCUCUUCUUCAUACGCUGCUACUGCUGCUUCUGCUGCUGCGGCCACCGACUCAUUCACUGCGUCGCAUCGUUCUUCUAGGUCCGUUUCAGCCUCUGCUGACCACCACCCCUUUGCCCCACCUGCUGCCCGUGACCGCUCUUCCUCUACUGCCGCCAGCACUUCUUCUGGCAUUGCUGUUGGUCCUGCUUCUGGCCAUGCAGCCAGCUCAGCAGGUACGGCUGGCACUGCUGCGGCAGGGGUGGAAGGGGGUCGAAUGCGCGACGAGAUUGCGAAUCAGUUCUCCUCUGAGGCACUGGCUUUCAACCGAGUAGCAGCAGCCGUGUCAUCGCUCUUUGCUUCCGGCCCACCGUCAGCACCCCCUGCAGAUGGUCCUGCUUCCACAUCAGGAGCAUCAGUGGGAGUAGGGAGAGUGCCAGGAGCAGCCGUGAAAGGCCAGCCAGCGGCAGCACCACCAGCGGCACCAGCAGAAGCAGCUCCGGAUUUUCCUGCUAGAGCAGCAGUGGCUACUGAGGCGAUCGCAACAACAGCAGGGGUGUUAACCUCAGCAACGGCCGCUGCGGCCGCGACAGCAUGGCAGCGAACCACCGGUCACCGUGCUCCCUUCUUCGACCCUCCGCUCAUCCAAUUCUCCCCUUCCGACAGCCCCAGGCGAAACCCAACCCCUCACAUCCACCCGCAGGCACAACCACCCAACAACUAUCCCCAUGCACCUGCUAACGUCCCAUCCCCUGCUGCAGCGUCUGUAGCUUAUCCUACCGGCCUUCCUUCGCCAGGUGCAGCAUCUGUAGCGGAGCUACAUCCGAGCUACAACCCUGAGAGGCGGACAGCAGGAGGGCGGCGGCGGACAGCAGGGGGUCUUGGCGGAGAGCAGGGGGGUGUUGGAGGGGAUCAAGGAGGCGUUGACGGGGAUCAGGGGGGUGCUGGCGGGGAUCAGGGGGGUGGUGGCGAGGAGCAAGGGGGUGUUGGGGGAGACCAAGGGGUUGCUGGCGGGGAUCAGGUGGGUGCUGGCGGGGAUCAGGUGGGUGCUGGCGGGGAUCAUGGGGGUGCUGGCGGGGAGCAAGGGGGAUCUGGCGGGAUUGCAAAUCCUCAGAUUGUAGGAACGGGCACAAAGAUCAAUGUGGGUGGCAAGGGGGGAAAGGGAGGAAAGGGUGGCAAGGGUGGAAAAGGGGGAAAUGGUGGCAAGGGUGGAAAGAAGUGA